AUGAAGAACACAACAACUCGUCCAACAUGGCUUCUUCAUUUGGCUUUGAUUGUUGGUCAAAUUUUCUUUGGCAUGGGCUCUGUCAUUGCAGGUCUGGGCCUUCCAGCUUGCAAUCCCUUUGCAUUUGCUCUCUAUCGAGAAAUUGCGGCUGGGACCAUUUUGUUGUCACUCAGUGUGUUCUACCUCGACAGCAACAGCAAUAAGAGCUGGAUAAUACUUUCGAUCCAGAAACCACACUGGAAUCGCUUCCUACUCCUGGGGUUGGCCAUUUUUGGGAAUCAAGCAGGGAUGAUUGCCGGGAUCAAGUUGGCUGGUCCCGUGGCAGCCGCUGUGUGGCAGCCUUCUCAACCCAUCAUGACGGCAGCCAUUGGCAUGGUGCUGGGGUGGGAGCCAUGGCGACGCACGAGAAUUGCUGGAAUUGUAAUUUCCUUUUUGGGCUGUGCCAGCAUGGUCCUCUUAUCGACGACGACGACGACGACAGCAACCACAACAAUCACCAAUAGCAUGACAUCCAUUCUGACGGGACAUGCUUUGUUCUUUAUGAAUUGCCUCUCCACAUCCAUCUACGUAUUGCUCAGCAAAGCUCCCCUUCGAAUAUACUCGCCCCUGCUAGUGACGGCUUGGAGCUACGUUAUUGCUUCCAUGUUUAUGGCCAUUACAACCUACAUCUUGACUUGGUCCAGUGACAUCAUGUUCUUUCUAUGUCCUGAUUGUCAAGGGCCUUGGAACAUUCCGUCGGGAGCAUGGUUUGCUCUCUUCUACUUUAUUUUGUUUGGGUCGGUCGGGGCCUACGCAUUGCUGACAUGGGCCAACAGUCAAGCAGCCACGGGGACGCUAGUCAUCAGCUACACGGUCUUGCAGCCAGUCACUGCGGCCAUUUUGACCAUGACCAUGUUGUCGUUCCGGUGGUACCCCAACUGUCAAACCACGGAACAGCACGUCGCUUAUUGUCUCACACCACCAGGGCUGCAGUCUAUUCUGGGGAUGGCGGGGAUUUUCACCGGGCUGGCCUUGGUGAUACGAACCGAGCCACCCCCUUCUCUUGCCAAAGCGGACGAGUUGGAAAUGAUGGUGGUGGGUAUGGAAUGAUUCAAUAAUACCAAGGAAACCAU